AUGUAUGCAGCACCGAUGCAGAUUGCCCCUUCCUUUGGCACUCCUCGUGUGCAGCGGAUGCACAGCCACUGUGUGCCUGCUCAGACGCCAAAACCGGUACUUCGGCAAGUGAUGAGUCCAGCCAGCGAGGUGUCCAGGAGCCUGUCGAGGCUUCUGGUGGCGUGGCAGCAGGCCUAUCGAGGACUACAAAGCGUUGCAGCGGGAGCACCAGCAGAGUCUGCAGUGGACUCGGCACUUAGUGCGAUGUCUGCAGAGCUGAAGAAUUGGCAGCUCUCGCAUCCGCCGCAGAACUGUCAGCUGCUCUUUUGCUUCCCCCGUGCUCGAAUCGGACGAGAGCUUCACCAGCUCCUGCAACAGGGCGUGGCCAGCAGCUGCAAGCCUCGCUUCAUGCAGUGCGCUGCGAGAACCGCCAGCCGCCUGCAUGAGAUGGCAUUGACUCCCCAGGAGGAGAAGAUGUGGCAGAUGUUUACCACCUUCCAGGUGGAAGACUCGGAGCCCGGGGUCUUGGGCUCUGAGGAGUCCUUCGGGAAGCAUCUGCACGUGCGAGGCACCACGGGGCCCAUCCAUUUGAUGCAAGACUGGGAGUGGCCCUACAUGUUCGCAUUGGCGGAUGCCGGCUUCCAGAUUGCUGCGCAGAACGUGCUGCAAAAAGGAGAGCGGAAGCUGCGGAUCUUGGAGAUUGGAUGGGGCCAGGGCAUCAGCGGCAGACGUUUGAUGAACAAUGCAGAGGAAGCAGGCCUGGGCUUGGAGGUGCACUACGAGGUGGCGGAGCUGCACCCCCGCGUGGCCGCGGACGCGCGCCGCGAGGCCGCCAAGAGGACCCAGGCGGAAGUGCGCAGCGUCCACGUGCACGAAGGCCCAUGGCAGAAGAUCCUGCCGUCGCUGCCAGCGGAGUCCUAUGAUCUGAUCUUCUACGACCCGCUGAACAUCAGCCCCAGGUACAUUGGCGAGAAGCAGCUCUUUGAGCAGUGGGGUUUGCCAACCUGCAUUUUCGAGGCCCUGCAGUUCUACCGGCUUUUGGCUCCUGGAGGUGUCCUUGUUCAGUACGCCAUCUCUCACAGGACCUCCACGGUGGACUUAUUGCGGCGGCAGCUGCAGCCGCUGUUUCGAGAGCUGCGGCUGACCAGGUUGGGCGUGAAGGGCGAAACCUUGUGGCUCAAUGCACAAGGGCUUGACCAGGUCGCCCGACAGCUUAGCGAGCGCCUGGCUGCCUGCAGCUUCCGUGCCAGCCAUUUGACGUUGAAACUGAAGAUCGCGAUUCCUGGCUGGGUGGAGCCCUUCAAGAAGGGAGGCCACGGCCAGUGUGAGGAUGUCAGCCGUUCCACACCGUUGGCUUCGAGCGAGCUGGCCGGGCUGACGAGGGCGGCGGAAGAGCUUUUCGAUUUGCUCAAGCCGGACCCGGUUCGUGUUCGGGGGAUUGGACUAUCCACACGAGGUGCCAACUCCGAUGCGUCUACACGAAGUCCAAAGAAGGCUUCAGGCGCAGCUAGCAGCGGUUUGGCCAGGUGGCUGCGCAAAGCAGAUGCGCCCGUGGAACAGGCGACAGCUGCCGCAGUGCAGGACCAGGUUGAGGUGGUUGACCUGGAGUGCAGCCAGGAAGGCCAGAAAUCAGUGGCCUGCCCUGUGUGUGCUAAGCUGCUGCCUGCCGGCGAAGUGGAGGCUCACGUGAACAGCCACUUUGAUGAUGCGCCUGCGCAGCCUCCGCCAGCGAAGCGUGCGCGAGGCGCCGAUCGCGUAUGCGAAGUUGGAGGUGCUUCGGACAGCGAGUGCGAGCUCAUCUCUUGA